AGAGGGAGAGAGAAAGGGAGAAAAGGAAACUUUCGUACGCAUGCGCAUAUGCUGUUGAUUGAAUUUCAACGCUACAGCAUGGAAGGCUACUCCGUGUGCGAUGCGUUGAAAAACGGAUUCCCAAAAGGAAUGUUGAAGCUUUAUCGUAAUGUCAAUUCUUUGCGGUGACAGCACUUAAGACUUUAAAUUAAUAUUAAUUUGACUUAAUAUUUAUACCAUUGAUUAUUUAAAUAUACACAUAUUGUAAUUAAAGAUAUGUUUCAAAGGCCUACUUAAAGAGACAAUGAUUCGGAAUAUGCACGUGUUACAUUAUAAAUGUUUGUUGAAACAUUCGUUGAAUCUGAAUGCUUUAACAUGUCCUUAUGGAAGAAAUUCAAAUUUAUUAAAAAUGUUUUUACACGAUAAACCAGCUAUAAUCUUAGGAAUAGAAUCCAGUUGUGACGAUACAGGUUGUGGAAUUGUUGAUAGCACGGGGGCUGUAUUAGGUGAAGCUAUUAAUUCUCAACAUCAUACUCAUUUAAAUUAUGGGGGAAUAGUUCCUACAAUUGCUCGUUCAUUGCAUGUAAAUAAUAUUACUAAAGUCUGCGAAGAUGCAUUGAGAUCUGCAAAUUUGAAGUUAAGAGACGUUAGUGCAGUGGCUACAACUACAAAACCUGGUCUACAUUUGUCACUUACUGUUGGAAUAAAGUUUGGAAAGCAUUUAGCAAAAAUUGCCAAGAAACCUUUUAUACCUAUACAUCAUAUGGAAGCUCAUGCUUUGACAGUACGAAUGAAAGAGAAGGUCGAUUUUCCUUAUCUUGUUCUAUUGGUUUCUGGGGGUCAUUGUUUACUUGCAAUUGUAGAAAAUACAAAUAAAUUUUAUUUACUUGGAACCACUCUUGACAAUCCACCUGGAGAAACUUUUGAUAAGAUUGCUCGAAGACUCAAAUUGAAAAAUAUUCCAGAAUUUAGUACUCUUAGUGGAGGCUUAGCUAUAGAAACUGCAGCACGUAAAGCAUCAGAUAUUAACCAAUUUGAAUUUCAUCCUUCGAUGUAUCGGUAUUGUGAUUGUAAUUUUAGUUUUGCUGGACUAUAUACUAAAUGUACAACUUACAUUGAAAAAGAAGAAAAAAAACAUGGCAUAAUUGCAGAUAUGAUAAUACCUGAUGCAUAUAAUUUAUGUGCAGCAUUUCAGUUAGCUGCCAUAACACAUAUAUGUCGGAAAACUCAAAGGGCAAUGAAAUUUAUAGAUGAAAUGUCAUUAUUUCCUCAAGAGAAACGAACAUUGGUUGUAUCAGGGGGUAUGGCGUGCAAUGAUUUUUUAGCUAAAGCAUUAAAUAUUGUAAGUACAGAAUCAGGUUUUAAUUUCGUAAGAACGCCACCUGAAUUAUGCACAGAUAAUGGAAUAAUGAUUGCAUGGAAUGGAAUGGAAAAAUGGAUGACGGAUACAGAUAUUAUUGAGAAUGAAAGUGACAUUGAUAAAGUGGCUCUAGCAGAGAAAGCUCCAUUAGGAGAAAAUUGGGUAGACAAAGUAACAGCAGCAAACAUAAAGUGCAAGUGGGUAAAAAUAAGAGAGAAACUCAUUUAAACAAUUUAAUAAGAAAGCAUGUAAUGUCUUAAUAAAAUUAUUACUCUAUAUAGAGAUUUAUGUAAGUAUUAUACAAGUGUAGGUGUAUAUCGUUGUAUUUUCCUUUCUAAUUUUAUUAAUAGGUCAUCUUCAUUUGAACGACCACUGUCUGCAUUACAUUUUUCUUCUUCAUAUUUAUCAAUAAUACCUCUUAUGUUAUCUUUAAUUUCGUUUAUUUCGUUUGCAUUCAUUGAAAUUAAAGAUGUUGGUAAAAUAUCAUCAAAUUGUAAAACUUUCUCUGGUUGCAUAGAUUCAUCGAAUUCUGAUACAAUCUCUGAUAAAUUCUUUAACUUUGAUUUGAUUUCAUCGAACAUUUUAUUUGAAUCUUUUGUGUCCAUUUUAUUUACUAAUAGCAUCGAAGGUCUUUCUAAUAAAUCUGGCUUGUAAAGCUCAAUUUCUUUGUUCAAGAGCAGUACAGUUUCCAAACAAGUCCUAUGUGUAUGUUUAUAGGAUAACUGAAAUCCCUGAAUAUCCACAAUAAACAGUAACAAUUUUGUUCUCUCUACAUGUUUCAAAAAUCUAUGACCCAUUCCUUUAUUAAUAUGAGCACCUUCGAUUAAACCAGGCAAAUCUGCGAUCGAUAUUUGCCUGUAA